UUUCUUGAUUUCUUCCAAGUCUUUUAUUUUAUGAAAAAAUUUUCUGAGAAAUAUUAGUAACACGUAAUAUAAGUUCGCAAUGCAAGAAAAAUUAAUUUUGCAUUAAAUUGAUAUGGCAACAAUUGCGAAUGAAAAAUUCGCAGAUAUUUAUUCAAGAGUAUUUGUGAAGAAGAUAUUCAAGUUGAAGCGGUAGAUGAGAAAUUGAAUCGGGUUUGGUUAAAAUUUAUGUGCAAAGGAUUAAUUUUUCUAAAUGUUAGCAAACACUUAACAAAAUCUAAGUGAACAGGCGGAAAGUUGGUGUUGUAAUUAUAUAUAGGUAAAAACACUGCGAUAAAAACGAAAAAACGGAGUGGAUAACAAAGUAUAAUAAAAAAAUAGAAACUAGCACAAGACGGAGAGGAAAUAGAUAAUAUGUAAGAGCGAAAAUAUGUGCCGAAUUGUUGUUAAUUGUGAGCAAAUAGACGGAAAAUGUGCGAAUAACUUAGAGUUGCCAAAUAUUUAAAAACUUUUAAGAAUUCAAGUGAAGUUGUAGAAAAUUUAUAAAAUAAACUGUUUGGAAACAACUUAUUAGGUAAAUUGUAUUAGGGUACAUACAAGUCCAAUAGCAAAAACAUACAUUAAAUGAAGACCAGCCAUAAAUUGGCUGGUAUGUUUCCGUUGAUGAUGAACAGUAAUUUUUUGGCCAAAGGCCAAGGGCGCAUUUUCUUUCAAUACUUUUUUUUUACUGUCAUUUACAUAAUUAUGACGUUCGUUAAAGAUAUUAAGAAUUAGCAAAAUUUAUUUACUUCUGGCGGAUAUUCAAUAUACUAGCAGUUUUCAUAAUCAUAUUUUUAUAAAUAUGUUGGUUGUCCAUGGUUCGGAAGAUUUUCGCGUUUAUAUACCUACAUUUAUGGAAAUGUGCAAAAGAGAAUUGGAAAAAACAAAGCGAAAAUUUGUAGAAAUCGUAUAAACAUCGCUGAUGUUUGCUUCUUAACUUCCUGAAAUUGUGUAAAAAUUGGUAAGACGCAAUCGACGUCGCUUACCAAUGUUUUCUUUCGUACAAAUGAACUUCAGCGCUUUAUCAGUACUACUGUCAAGAGUGUGGACAUGCAUCUGUUUUAUGUUCAACAGACAAGUUCGCUCGAUUGUUCAAUAUCAACCAGUCAAAUAUGAACUCUUCCCAUUAUCACCGGUGUCAAGACAUCGCCUUAGUAUAGUGCAACGGAAAACACUUGUGUUAGAUCUGGAUGAAACGCUCAUACAUUCACACCACAGCGCAAUGUCACGAAAUACCGUGAAACCUGGCACACCUCAUGACUUCACUGUAAAAGUAAUUAUUGACCAUCAUCCAGUUCGAUUUUUUGUUCAUAAACGACCUCAUGUAGACUAUUUUUUGGAUGUGGUUUCACAAUGGUAUGACCUAGUUAUAUUUACAGCCAGUAUGGAGAUUUAUGGCGCUGCAGUUGCUGAUAAACUGGACAACGGACGUAAUAUUUUGCGUCGGCGUUAUUAUCGUCAGCAUUGCACACCUGAUUUCAGUUCUUACACCAAAGAUUUAUCUGCUAUCUGCAGUGACUUGAAUAGAAUAUUCAUAAUUGACAAUUCACCUGGCGCAUAUCGUUGCUUUCCUAAUAACGCGAUACCCAUAAGAAGUUGGUUCUCAGAUCCAAUGGAUGUUGCGCUGCUAUCACUUCUUCCAAUGCUGGACGCCUUGCGGUUUACAAAAGACGUGCGUUCAGUUUUGUCAAGAAAUUUACAUUUGCAUCGUUUAUGGUAGCAGUUUUACAGAUUAAAAAUUUGGUGCUGUGACGCUUAAACGAGUUUUUAGUUUGUUUUAUAUAUUAAGCAUUAUUAAUGAGAAAAGAAUCCAAUUCAAUUCACUCACACUAGUUUUGACACACAUACACAAACAUACAUAAAGAUCUAAAACAUAUUCUCAAUCUUUUCCUCUCCUUGAUAUCUUCCACCCCAGCCUGACUUUCCAUAUUCGCAUUUUAAGCGAAAUCAGGAAAACUGUUUACCAUUUGAUAAAUUCGAUGGAUAUAUAUUUAAUAAAAAAAAUACAUAUAUAAUUUGCUAGAGGAUUAUUUAAUUUUAUGUGUACUGUAAUAAACAUGUGUUUUGACUAAAAAAAAUAUUAUUUAUUGGUAACAAAAAACAAAUGAAAUAGUUUAAGUACUAACCAAGUGUUAUUUCAUAGAUGAUAUAUGGAAAAACGUAUUGAAAUGAAUUGUUUGCUUUGUGUAUUAUAGAUGAGCAUUGAAAAAUUAUAUAAAAUGUAUAAUUUGUAGCAUUUAAAGACAGCGCAACCGAAUCUAUUUUAAUUACUGAAUAUGUUAUUCAAUUAAGAUAAAUGAAGUAUCAAAAAGAUGUAAGAACAAUACCGACGGCCAUGUACAAGUACAAUAAGUGCUUACAUAUAACACACAGCAUAAUGAGAAAAGGUUUGAAUGAUUUCUCUUCAAAGAUUAUUAUUUUUCUCUUGAUAUUAUGUUUUCAUUUAAUAAAACAAAAAUAAACAUCAACAAUGUCUGAAAAUUAAAGAAAUAAGAACAAACUGACUCAGUUAUCAUUUAGAAUUAACUCAAUGUCAAAAAAAGUAAAGAGUAGCUUGUAAGUUUGUAGUAAGUUUGAAGUAUAUAUAGAACAGAAUAAUGAAGCGAUCAUCUAUCAAGGAUAGUCUAACAGCUAUGGAAUGAUUUAUUUAUUUAAGCGAAGGCGUAUUCUAUCAUAUUUUAAAUUGUAUGUAAAUUAAAAGUUUUUUGCAAUUUUUUCUUUUGUGAAAUGGCGAAAAUCUCGAUAUUGUUGAUUAUUAAUUUCUUAAUUUUUUAUGCGAGAAAGUUAACUUGCCACGGUAAAAAACACAUAAACUUGUACCGACUAAACUUCGUCUCUUUGAUCGAUUUUUCAUAUUUAUAUUUAUAUUUAAAUCUUUAUAAACAUAGGUUGAGGCUAAUACAUAUGUAUAUGAUUAUAUGUAAUUGUAGUUAUUCAACCAUAAAACCUAUGUAUUUUCAUCAAGAGAAAAAAGUAUAUAUUUUUUUUAUUAUUUUUUGUAUUAUUUGUUUGAAUUUAAAAUAAACAAUUGGAGAGAGGAUGUGCUAACUCGUAAAAAGCAUUGGUUACAGUUUUUAUUUUUUACAAAAAUCAUCUGAUUGAAAAUCAAUUGUCUCCACGUAGACAAUUUAUGGAUUGUACCAUGCUCAAAUCUUAAUAUUGGUUUAUUAAAGUCACUCAAAUGAACAAAAAUAAAAUGAAAUUUUCACAAAAUUUAAAAUAAAAUGAAGAUAAACAAA